AUGACAAUGCAGUGAAACCAGAGGAAGAAAAAAAUUACUUCCUUUCCUUUUGGACACCUAAUAAGUAGUUAGUCUGACCCAGUUUUCAAUAAGAGAGAUUUUCUGAUGACCCGGCAGGAGUGACUAUCUCCAGUCAAAGAAAGAGGAGGGUGAAUUUAAUCUUUCAUGCCCCUGGAAUGGCAGCUGCUCUCAGCUCUGUCUGAUUCUGUGAAGGUUGAUGAAGAUAGAGCUGGCUUUCAAUGUAGAAAGAAUUUUCCUUUUGAAUAUUCCAAACGAGAGCUUUGCACAUGUGCCUCGAGAACUGAUUGUCUAGGCUCCGACAGGAAUGCAGCAGGAGAGGAGCGUAUUUCAUGCUUAAGACCAGAGAAGAGCCACGCAAUACUCAGUGGAUAAAAGGCUUGCAGUCCCAGCUGGGAAAAAGAGUCCCAUUAUCUCCCAGCUGCAUAGACAUUCCAUACGGCUUGGUUCUGCCUGGAUGCACAGCAUGCCUGGCUGAGAGCUUGAAACAGAGUUCUGCAGAAAAAUUGUAAAGAUCCCGAGACAUUUCCCUGGUAAGAUCUCUAUCAGGUUGGCCCAUUGAAAUAACAGGCAGACCCUGGAGAUGUUUCAUAAAGCGGGCUUCUGCUAAGGUCUGCUCCGAUACCUGCUAUGUGAUAAAAGUUCCUGACACUUAGCAGGAGUUGACGUCCUGAUAUUCCACCUGCAAAUGACUCUUGAGAUACUGACUGGAAGAUAGACUUUUUUUUUCCACCUGAUUGUAUGGGAGAAAUUUUUGACCUUAGAAAGUGGAAAUGAGGUUGCUAUGGAAACUGGUAAUUCUGCUGCCACUCAUAAACUCUUGUGCAGGUGAUGGGCUUUUAAGCCGUCCUAUUUUUACUCAGGAGCCACAUGAUGUCAUUUUUCCUUUGGAUUUAUCAAAAUCGGAGGUCAUCCUGAAAUGCGCUGCUAAUGGUUACCCUUCACCUCAUUAUAGGUGGAAGCAAAAUGGCACAGACAUUGAUUUUACUAUGAGUUAUCACUACAGGUUGGAUGGAGGCAGUCUUGCAAUCAGUAGCCCCCAUACAGAUCAAGAUAUUGGCAUGUACCAGUGCCUGGCCACCAAUCUGCUGGGGACAAUUCUGAGUCGGAAGGCAAAGCUCCAAUUUGCAUAUAUUGAAGACUUUGAAACUAAAACAAGAAGCACAGUAUCUGUCCGAGAAGGUCAAGGUGUGGUGCUUCUCUGUGGCCCACCGCCACAUUUUGGAGAUUUAUCUUAUGCAUGGACCUUCAAUGAUAACCCCUUAUACGUCCAAGAGGACAAUAGGCGAUUUGUAUCUCAAGAGACGGGAAACUUGUACAUUGCCAAAGUGGAACCAUCAGAUGUGGGCAACUAUACUUGCUUUAUAACAAACAAAGAGGCCCAGAGAAGUGUUCAAGGUCCACCCACUCCAUUAGUGCAGCGCACUGAUGGUGUGAUGGGGGAAUAUGAACCAAAGAUUGAAGUGCGUUUUCCUGAAACUAUACAAGCUGCAAAGGAUUCAUCUGUAAAACUGGAAUGUUUUGCCCUUGGAAAUCCAGUCCCUGAUAUUAGUUGGAGAAGGUUGGACGGGAGCCCGUUGCCAGGGAAAGUCAAGUACAGCAAAUCCCAAGCUAUCCUUGAAAUCCCGAACUUUCAACAAGAAGAUGAAGGCUUUUAUGAGUGUAUUGCAAGUAACCUUCGAGGAAGAAACCUUGCAAAGGGUCAACUCAUUUUUUAUGCUCCUCCAGAAUGGGAACAGAAAAUCCAAAAUACAUACCUCUCUAUCUAUGACAACUUGCUCUGGAAAUGUAAAGCUAGUGGAAAGCCAAACCCUUGGUACACGUGGUUAAAAAAUGGCGAACGACUCAACCCAGAGGAGAGAAUUCAAAUAGAUAAUGGGACGCUCAUCAUAACGAUGCUGAAUGUGUCAGAUUCUGGUGUCUACCAAUGUGCUGCAGAAAACAAAUAUCGGAUAAUUUAUGCAAAUGCUGAAUUGAGAGUUUUAGCCUCAGCUCCAGAUUUCUCCAAAAGUCCAGUUAAAAAAAAUUCAUUUGUUCAAGUUGGUGGGGAUAUUGUUAUCGAAUGCAAACCAAAUGCUUUUCCCAGGGCAGCUAUCUCUUGGAAAAGAGGAACGGAGACCCUUAGACAAAGCAAAAGAAUGUUUCUCUUGGAGGAUGGCAGCCUCAAGAUAUAUAAUGUUACCAGGUCAGAUGCUGGAUCAUAUACAUGCAUAGCCACAAAUCAGUUUGGAACUGCAAAGAACGCUGGCAGCCUCAUUGUAAAAGAGAGAACUGUCAUUACUGUCCCACCUUCCAAAAUGGAUGUUACAGUUGGCGAGAGCAUAGUGCUGCCAUGCCAGGUGUCCCAUGACCCCUCCAUUGAAGUGGUAUUUGUGUGGUUUUUCAAUGGAGAUAUCAUAGACUUAAAAAAAGGAAUAGCUCAUUUUGAAAGGAUCGGAGGAGAAUCUGUUGGGGAUUUGAUGAUAAGGAAUAUUCAGUUAAAUCAUUCAGGAAAAUAUCUCUGCACAGUACAAACAACCCUAGAAAGUUUAUCUGCAGUAGCCGAUAUCAUUGUUAGAGGUCCACCAGGUCCUCCUGAGGAUGUGAAAGUGGAAGAGAUUUCCAGUACUACUUCUCAACUAAGCUGGAGAGCAGGCCCAGAUAAUAACAGUCCCAUUCAAAUAUUUACUAUUCAGACUCGGACACCAUUUUCUGUGGGUUGGCAGGCUGUUGCUACAGUUCCAGAAAUUCUCAAUGGUAAGACAUACAAUGCAACAGUGGUUGGUUUGAGUCCUUGGGUGGAAUAUGAAUUUCGUGUUGUUGCCGGCAACAGCAUUGGGAUUGGAGAACCAAGUAAACCAUCAGAAUUGUUAAGAACUAAAGCAUCAGUCCCUGCUGUGGCACCAGUAAACAUCAAUGGAGGUGGAGGAAGUCGGUCUGAACUCGUCAUUACGUGGGAGUCAAUUCCAGAAGAACUACAGAAUGGGGAGGGAUUUGGAUAUAUCAUCAUGUUCCGGCCAGUGGGCUCGACAACCUGGACCAAGGAGAAAGUAGCAUCUGUGGAAUCAUCAAGGUUUGUCUACAGAAAUGAAAGUAUCAUCCCACUCUCUCCAUUUGAAGUCAAAGUGGGUGUGUAUAAUAAUGAAGGAGAAGGAUCCCUGAGUACUGUGACCAUUGUCUACUCUGGGGAAGAUGAACCUCAACUGGCCCCAAGGGGAACUUCUGUCCAGAGUUUUUCUGCUUCUGAAAUGGAGGUUUCAUGGAAUGCUAUUGCCUGGAAUAGAAACACUGGAAGAGUGCUGGGCUAUGAGGUCUUAUACUGGACAGAUGACUCCAAAGAAUCCAUGAUUGGUAAAAUUAGAGUCAGUGGAAAUGUCACAACCAAAAACAUCACGGGGCUGAAAGCUAAUACCAUCUACUUUGCUUCUGUGAGAGCUUACAACACUGCUGGAACAGGGCCGUCAAGCCCCCCAGUCAAUGUUACCACCAAAAAGUCCCCUCCAAGCCAACCACCAGCAAACAUUGCCUGGAAGCUGACAAACUCUAAAUUAUGCUUGAACUGGGAGCAUGUAAAAACCAUGGAAAAUGAGUCUGAAGUUUUGGGGUACAAGAUUCUGUACCGGCAAAACAGACAGAGUAAAACUCAUAUUUUGGAAACAAACAAUACAUCAGCUGAGCUUCUGGUUCCAUUUGAAGAAGACUACUUAAUUGAGAUAAGAACAGUCAGUGAUGGUGGAGAUGGAAGCAGCAGUGAGGAAAUUAGGAUUCCAAAAAUGUCAAGUUUGAGUUCCAGAGGAAUUCAAGUCUUAGAACCUAGCAUCCAUUUUCUGUCCAUUGUCAUUGUGAUUUUUUACUGUUUUGCUAUUCAGCCACUUAUCCGAUGAAUAAAACCAUAAAUCUUUGAGAGUUUUUUGAAAGCAAAUCAUUCUGUAAAUAUGCUCUCCAGCCUCUGACACAAGACGCGUUCUUAAUACAAACUUGUUUGCAAAGAAAAAAAAAAUGUAUAUUAUUAAAAUCUUGUAAAUAUCUAUGGUACAUUAAUAAAACAAUUUUAAACACUU